AUGAAUGAGCCCUCCGUGUUCUUGGUGUUGGGAGUCCCCUUCUCGCCAUUAUCUCUGCAGCGUGCUGGCUAUGUGAGAGCGAAGUCGGUGGUCAUUUAUCAGAGGGAUGUCACCAAGUGCACAGACGCAGCACUGGUAGACUCGAAGGCCAUCUUUGCACAGCGUCUGGUGGAAGCGCUUCUCCAUGACGCAGGUAGGACAAACGUGCCCGUGAUCAUGCACAUCCACCUCGAGGUCAACACAGAGCUCAUGACUGAGACCUCUGAGCCCAAGAGAGCCCAAGGAUUGCUUGAGAUGCUCGAGUCCAAACGAGGGGAGGAGGAAGAGGAGGCAGCUGAAGAUAGAUGUGGGGAGAUCAGUAAUGAUAGCUCGUUCUUCAUGGGCCCUGCACCUUUGCAGGAGCCAGGGGCAUCCACUCGCGUGGUUGAAGCUGAGGUCAUGUUCCAGCCUUCGCUAGCUGCUGUCAUCGAUGAGAUGUCCAAGGCCGCCUUCACUGUGGUCGAAGUGCCUCCCAACUGGCGCGGGCUUACCUUUGGCCAGCUCUAUAGCUUUAUGAUGCGCAAGCGGAACAUGAUGCCCAUGGCUCUCCUCCGCAAGACUACUUCGCAGGAUGCCUUGGACUUCAUUGAUAGUUCCGUGGAGAGUCGUCGCGUCGAAGAUCCCGAAGAGAAGAUCGAGGUGCUGUACGGCAAGGUGUCCCAGAUGGUGGAGGACUGGGGCUUUGGUGGCUUCUGA